CGUGAUAACGUGUAUGGUGUCGUCAUCCCCGCGAUCCUUCUCAACGCGUCAUCUACUUUGUCUCAAUUCAACUUCUUCAUUCAUGCCACACUUUUGAGAUAAGAAACCUAAUUUGAUAUCGCGAAAGUAAAUAAAGGAAAGAAAGACGUAAUUGAUUCCGAAAAUGCCGCCUAGGAAACGCACGGCGGCUGAGGCUGUUUCUACGCCGGAAAGUGGCGGGCGCCGCAGAUCUGGGCGUAUUAGUGCGGGUGCGACGAGGAGUACGUAUUUUGAGGGCGUGGAGGAGGAGGAUGGGGUAGAGAGUAAGAGGCCUAGGAAGGCGGUUAAGGUGCAGGCGAAGGCGAAUUCGAAAGUGAAAAGAGGCAAGGCUAAGAAAGAGGAGUCGAUUGAUGAACUGCAGCAGUAUGAGGAUGAAGACGAAGAGGAGGAGGAGGAGAGGGUGGCUCGUGGGCUUAGUGAUGAUGGUGAAAAUGAUGCUUUUGAUGGGGAUAAAUAUGAGGAGGAGGAGGAGGAGGAGGAGGAGGAGGAGGAUGGGGGGAGUGAGGCGUUGCCGUCAUCGCCGUCGCCGCCACCGUCUGCGAAGAGGGGCAGGGGAAGGCCGAAGAAAAGUGAGUCGGUGAAUACGACACCGAUUACGAAGAAAGUGGACGCGAAAGCGAAGACUCCGGGGACGGCUAAGGGUUUGGCGAAGACUCAGGCGAAUGCUAAGACUAAAGCGAAAGCGAAGGAUGAGUCGGAAGAUCCUGAUGUGGAAGAAGAUGAUGACGAUGACGACGACGACGAAGAGGAUCGCAUUACCUUUAUUCCUGCUGUCAAGAUGAGGGAAACUGGCGGCGUCGCAUACGAAGACACGAAGAUCCAUAAAAACACGUUACUCUUCCUAGGUGAUCUUAAGAAGAACAAUAAGAGGAGUUGGCUAAAAGCGAACGACGCGGAGUACAGAAGGGCCCUUAAGGAUUGGGAGUCAUUCGUAGAGACCAUAACUGAGAAAAUCGUCGAAGUGGACGACACGAUCCCAGAACUACCGAUUAAAGACGUUAUCUUCCGUAUAUACCGCGAUAUUCGAUUUAGCAAAGACCCGACUCCGUAUAAGCCCCACUUCUCCGCCGCGUGGUCGCGAACCGGCCGCAAGGGCCCGUAUGCCUGCUACUACAUCCACAUCGAGCCGAACGGAUGUAUGGUUGGCGGUGGCCUAUGGCACCCAGAUAACACGGCGUUAGCCCGUAUGCGCGCCAGCUUCGACGAGCGACCUCAUCGUAUCCGACGCAUCCUGACGAACCCCAUGUUUGCGAAGACGUUCCUUCCCGCUGCUAAAUCCGGUGGCGAGAAGGCUGUUCUGAAGGCGUUUGUCGCGAAGAAUCAGGGGAAUGCUUUGAAGACUAAACCAAAGGGCUUCCACCCCGAUCAUAGGGAUAUCGAGCUCCUGAAGCUGCGCAACUAUACCGUCGGCACGAAGAUCGAUGAUGCGGAUCUCCUUGCUGAAGACGCGCAGGAUAGAAUUAUGGAGAUCAUUUCUGCUAUGGUUGAUUUUGUCUCGUAUAUAAAUAGCGUCGUCAUGCCGGAUCCUAACGUUGAUGAUGAUUCUAGCGAUGAAAAUGGUGAGGAUGCUGGCGAAGAAAACGGAGAGCAAGAGGAAGAGGAUGGUGAGAGUGAUGGCAUUUAGGUUGACGGUCAGCGAUGUUUCUAUUGAUGAGCUCGUGGGCAGCGUCGGUUUAGUUCAUCCCUAGCUUGUUAUCAUCGAGGCUUAUUGGCCUCUUGUAUUAUAUUACGCCAGAUCUUACUCUGGCACCUGGAUCCCCAGGAUGGAUAGGCGAACGGUUGGU